AUGGCAAUCACCCUCACUCUAUUGUCCACUAGCCGAAUGGCGGGCGGAGUCUUAUUCCUCUUGGCCCCUAAGAUUGCCGCUGCCAAUUUCUCUCUUUCAUACGGCCCAUCUUCGAAGGUUCUGACACACUUGGUCGGAGCAAGAGACCUUAUUAUUGGGGCUCUUUUAUUCACUGCUCACCAGGAGAAAGACAAGCCCAAUGGUACCCGAGAAGUAAAGCGAGCCUUACUGGCAGGACUGGCGAUGGAUGCCGCGGAGGUGAUCACAAACUUGAUCUGCUAUAGUAGCGGGGAGCUUUCAGCGGAGCCACUCACCAUGCUGGGUGGAGGUGCGGUGGUAUCCUUCGGCCUGGGACUGUACAAUUAUCUGACUUUGCCUUGA